GGGGUGAAACAAAGACAAAGACGGCACCAGUUGCAUCCCAGUUUCCUGGCCUGUAGGUCAGCCUUUAUGGCACUGCACUGUUUCCUUCACUGGAAGGGCAUCCUGGAGGACUUCUUUCAAACACGGGGGCAGCAAAAGGGGGGUCGGCUGUGCCCCAGUCUAUAUGGAUUUGCAGAGAGUGCAGUAACAGACCGAACCGAGCUGGAGAACUAAGAGGGGAAACUCUGAUCACAAGAUAACUCAAAGGCGAUUAACAGAAAAGUCUACGAAAGUACUCGGAACAGACGUUUAUCUUCUUCUGACCAGCACUAAAAAGGAAAGAUUAAAAUGGCAACGUCGACACCCAAAAACACUCCCCGAGGUGCCAACUCACCACUGUCCCCCAACCGCAUCACCCGGCUCCAGGAGAAAGAUGACCUGUGCAACCUCAACGACCGGCUGGCCGCCUACAUCGACAAGGUGCGCUUUCUGGAGAGCGAGAACGCCGGCCUGCGUCUGCGCAUCACCGAGUCGGAGACCGAGGUCAGCCGGGGCCUGUCGGGCCUGAAGGCCGCCUACGAGACCGAGCUGGCCGACGCCCGCCAGACUCUGGACUCUGUGGCCAAAGAGCGAGCGCGUCUGCAGCUGGAGCUGGGCAAGCUGCGGGAGGACUACAAGGAGCUGAAGGCAAGGAACACCAAAAAGGAGUCCGAUUUGGCCACAGCGCUGCAGAGGGUCAAAGACCUGGAGGCUCUGCUGAACAACAAGGAUGCGUCCUUGGCUACGGCUCUGGGAGAGAAGCGAAGCCUCGAGGUGGAAAACAGGGACCUCAAGGCGCAGGUUGCCAAGCUGGACACCAGUUUGGCCGAUGCCAAGAAGCAGCUGCAGGAUGAGAUGCUGAGGAGGGUCGACGGAGAGAAUCGCAUCCAGACAAUCAAAGAGGAGCUGGAGUUUUGCAGGAACCUCCAAUCUGAGGAACUGCGGGAGACAAAGCGGCGUCAUGAGUCUCGUAUGGUUGAGAUGGACAACGGCCACGUGCAGGACUUUGAAAGCAAGCUGGCCGAGGCGCUGACGGACAUGCGCAGCCAGCACGAACUGCAGAUCAAAAUGUACAAAGAGGAGAUCGAGAAGACCUACAACUCCAAGCUGGAGAAUGCUCGUCAGUCAGCGGACCGGAGCAGCCACCUGGUGGGGGCAGCACACGAGGAGCUCCAGCAGACCCGGAUCCGCCUGGAGUCCAUGUCCUCUCAGCUCAGCCAGCUGCAGAAACAGCUGGCGGCACGCGAGGCCAAGCUAAGGGACCUGGAGGACGCCCUGUCUCGGGAGCGGGACUCCAGCCGCCGCAUGCUGGGGGAGAAGGACAGGGAGAUGGCCGAGAUGAGGCAGCAAAUGCAACAGCAGCUGGAUGAGUACCAGGAGCUCCUGGACGUCAAGCUGGCUCUGGAUAUGGAGAUAUGUGCGUACAGGAAGCUGCUGGAGGGAGAGGAGCAGAGGCUCCGUCUCUCUCCCAGCCCCCCGCCCGCCAAAAUGACAGGGAGUCGCUCCUCUACCUCGGGAGCUCAAUCUCGCUCGGUCCACUACAGCGCCCAGAGCUCCCCCGCCAAGAGGCAGCGCCCCAACGACACCGACAGCGAGGCCUCGACCAUCGCAGGCGGAGCCGUGGCUCGCACUCGCAUCGCCCAGCAGGCCUCGGCCAGCGGGCGGGUCACUGUGGACGAGGUGGACCUGGACGGGAAAUACGUCCGACUCAGCAACAAAUCAGAUGAGGAUCAGAAUUUGGGGAACUGGCAGGUGAAGCGGCAGGUGGGGUCCGGUGCUCCGAUCAUCUUCAAGUUCCCGGUCAAAUUCACCCUGAAGGCCGGCCAGAGGGUCACGAUCUGGGCCUCUGGUGCUGGUGGAACCCACAACCCUCCCUCUGACCUGGUGUGGAAGACUCAGCCCUCCUGGGGCACCGGAGACCUGUUCCAGACCACCCUGAUCAGUGCCAACGGAGAGGAGAUGGCAAUGAGGAAGGUCACCCGCACACAGUUUGAAGAGGAAGAUGACGACAUGCAGGUGGCUCACAGCACCUGUGGAGACAGCGAGUACAACCUGCGGAGCCGGACGGUGGUCUGCGGCUCCUGCGGACUUCCUUCCGACAAAUCCGGCAGCCACUGCACCGUGAGCUCGGCCUCCCGCUCGUUCCGCAGCGGAGGGAUCUCCGAGGGUCUACUGCCGCACUCCUACGUGUUCAGCGCCAGCACCCCUCGCAAGACUGGAGCCAGAAUGGAGAAAUGUCCAAUUAUGUGAGCCACCUGGACGCACGCUGAAACACUCUUUAUGUUUAGUUUAGUUUAAUUUAGUUUAGUUUAGUUAUUACUUCUUUAGUUACCAGUUGUAGUUAUUUAGUUCAGUUCAUGUACUUUGAAAUCAUUUUCAAUUAUUCUAUGCAAUAAAACUUUAUACUGCUUUUUUUCUAAUGUACAUAGGCUAAGUAAAUACUUUCUUGAAUAUGAAAGGUGAUUUAAACAGUUCAGAUGAUAAACAAAUCACUUUCUUAUGCUAGUCAUAUCAUAGUUAAAUCAGAUGUACACUCUAUGAACAUACUGCUGCAGCAGGGUUGCAGUAAAUUUCUUUGUGUUCACUUUUUUUACUAUAUAAAAUGUGCUUUUAGUUAAAGUAAAUUGACCCCAACCUUGUUACAGAUCUGCAGAAUGUUGUGUAUUUCUUUUGCUGAUAUCAAUAAACAUGUUUUCUGAAUUUG